AUUGCGAACAGGAUUACAAAAUAAUGCAAAACAAACGAAAAGAAGAAGACCAAUUGACAGUUGGCUAAUGACAUUAAAAGUAGAAUUCCUCUUUUAAAUAUUCAGAAACAGGUAAUUCCAAGUUAAAUACUGAUUUACAUAAAUUUGGGAUAUGUUUUCUUAAGUUUAUGGCCCUAGGAAUUGGUCGUCUAAUUAAGAGAUACUGCAUUGUAACAACAUUACCCCUCUUUGUAGUGAGCAGCAUUUACGCAGAUUAUAAUCGUACUCAACUAUUUAAGGCUAAAUCCAGACGAGAAAAUGUUCUAUCCAAUUAUUCCUAAAGGAAUUGGGUGGGCCGUCUUUCCAGCCUUUGGUUUUGCUCUAGGUUGGUACUUGGAUAAGCUAGAAACAGAACGACUUUCUAUGUUCCGGGACAAGAGCGCCCUUUAUGGCAGAGUACUCAAGGAAGGAGAGAAACCUAGCUGGUAAUUGUAGAUAAUAAUUAUGUAGUAAUAUAGUAUGUAAAUAUGGUAA